AUGGCAGAUGCGCUGCUCGCAUUGAGUGCCAUGCGGGGUCUUGGAAGCGUCACCAGACGAGACAAUUACCUUGACACCCUCAUCUUCGCCUUAGAAGCAGAUACAUCAUCCCGGCUUCGUCACGCAGCCCUUCGUGCCCUAUUCGAUGCCCGGUCCAAACUAGUCGAGGUAGUUGAGCAGGAGAAGGGAGAAUUCCGGGAGAAAUUAUUAACGAAACUCGCGCCAGCUCUAUCCACCGCAACCAAACCUGGCUCACCACAGAAAUUUGAUGAUAAACCGGACACCGUAUUUGAUCCCAGACGUGACGGCUGCUAUCUGCGACUAAUUUUUGCUCUGGCGAAACAAAGUGAUUGGCGCGCUCAGUUAAAGAGAGCCGGUCACAUAGAUCGAUGCAUAUAUCUGCUAGACCACGUCAUCGGAAAUGCGGACUUGUCCGUCACAUCUCACCCUUACUAUCUUGCAGGCACAUUGAUCCGGAUGAAUGCCUCGGGGGCCGCGGUUCCUACUCCACCAAGUUUGCCGCAUAAUAUAUCCGAGAGAGUAUGCUGGAAUCUGAUCAAAGGAGCAUGGUGUGCGAUGGAUUCGAAUGUCCUCCACCUUGAAGAAGAAGCAGUCGAGGCAUUGCCUGACAUGGUCACUUACACUCUCGAUCUCCUGAAAACACCGACUGCUUUUUAUGACACGAAGAGUCUCGUUCUACCGGUGAAUCGGAUAUCCUUGGCGUUCGGUGAUGGUGAAGCAAAGUUGAAAAUGAAACGCCUACGGGAUGCACUGUGAAAUAAUUAACGUUCAUCACAUGCAAGUUGAGUAUCAGUUAGUUAGACUAUGUACAGUAUCACUCUCCUAUGCAGACUUAUCUUUCGUUGUACUUAUAUCACUCGAUACAGACGUAACUCGGUCAUUCAUUUUGAGAAAUCCAAGCCAGCUCUUGCGUUCGUGUGCAGAAAAA